AUGGCAGCUGUACGACUUCGCAAAGCGUUUCGAUAUCCCGAGGACUCGGAUGAAGAUCGUGAAGAGCUCGAUGAAGAGGAACAAGAACAACUCAUCGAGCAGUUGCAGCGCCAGAAUGAUGCCCGCAAUGCCCAAUACCAUAUUAUAUUUACAAGCAUUCCGUUGAUUUCCACUAUUGCUUUCUUGCCUUCAGUCUUCUCAGCAUCGAGUCUGAUGGAAUGGCUCUUGUCGCUCUUGGGACUAUCCUCCCUCUUAGCCACAGCGUAUACCAUGCGACUGUCUCCUCUGCAUCCAGAUCGCAAGGGUAAAAAGGCCAUAACAGCUGAAAAUGAGCGCCUGGCUCGGCUUCAAUCUGCCAUUCUUUUUGGCAACGGGGCUGUAUGCUUGUUGUUGGCUGUCGCUUACUUCCUCGUCGGGACGGGCUCGACUUAUACCAUUCGACCUGUUCUGUAUUUGAUCCCGGGAGCUAUGCUUGCAGCCAUCUUGCUUGCCCGAGACACUAUGCUCUCCGUGGAUCUCUCAGCUCUCAAGGAUCUACAGUACCGGUACAAGGGUGCAUAA